GACAUCGGGCUGUGAUGGAAUGCACGGACGGGACUAUCUAUCUCUUUGAUUUUGCGCCGGGGAGGUACUAGUAGGGUCACCAGCCAGAGUCUGGUUCACCACUCGGCAGCUGUUCCAGCUUUCCAUCGCCACGUCACUGCGCCAUCACACAUUCAUAUACCGGCUCUGCCGCCUGGAACCUGGUCUUGACAUUAAUCCAUCACGCAGCCAAAAUGGUGUACAUGCAUUAUAUCACGGCCAAGCCUGCCGAUCCAGGCAACUACUCCUCGCAGUCCACCUGGAUCGCCCUCUCGCCUGAUCGCAAUACAGCCGAUACCUUGUUCCGCAUUCUCCAGGAUAGCGAGGGCAAAGAAGUGAAGCUACCGGGAGCAAGUAGCGGCGGAACGACCAUGACGCCUACGGGAGUCGAGCGACUCUCCCCCAAGCUGUGGGUGCUCCAAGCCAAAGAAGGGGCACAGCUCCUCGCAGCACUCAGCGACGCUCUGGCUCCUCAAAGCACCGGAGACCAGGAUUCAGUUCUCAGUUCAGUCACCGGCAAGAUCUUCCUCUAUCCGCUGCAGCAGAAUGUAAACCCGGGCGCUGCACUCCAGCCCUGCGACAACGAGCACGACUACAUCUCCGGCCACAGCUUCUUCAUCCGGCGUUGUGGAUAUCCCAAUACCUACUGGUAUUGCUGCGGCAACCUUGUCUGCCUUUCAACGACGAAGCGAUCGCGCUUCUGCGUGAGUAUCGCAGGGGGAACCAGAUCCAUCGACACGCCCUUGGUCGACCAGGACGAUGUGGUGGUCGAGUGGGUGGACAGCCACGAGCGCAAACGCGUUGUCGUCGAGAACAACGACUGGUUGUCUGUCAGAGCGCACGGCUCCGGGACCUUUCGCUUCAGCGACUUUUGCCGCCGGUUCUACCUGGGCAACGAGGGGACGGGGGAUAACCCAGACCCGUCGAACCUGGGCACGAGUCUAGACGUUGUCUGCUGGUCGUCCAAGCAUGCGUUCCAGGACAGUUUUGAGCUUUGUUAUGGGGUGGCGCCGGGUGAUUGAUUAUGAGCCAUGGCGUGCAUGUUGAUAGACAGAAACAAACAAAAGAAUGGAAUAGACCCUCGAUACUGUUCUGCGGCGAUUCUCAGCCGACAUCACUGUAGGAUUCUUCUGGU